UCCAAUUCCUACAUCGAAACGAGAAAUCCUUCCCUCCGCCACAACUGUAUACCUCGAAAGCCCGCGAUAUUGUCAUAAUUAGCAUUCAGUCAUGGCAUCACGAAGUCUCAUCCGGCCAUGCAGCGCACAACGAGCAGUGUGCCAAGCUCUCAUCCAGACGCCGCGACCUAGAUCCACGACUACAGUUUUCAGAGCCGCCACCUCGACAGUCUCACCUCGUUCUCAAGCCACUACAUCAAGUCGUCGACUCUUCCACGCCCUUCCGAGCCGGAGAAAGGACCAACAGCCACCAGCACAACCUCCCCCGACCGACUUUGCCGAGCUCGACGUGCUUGGCAACACUCCAGCGCCUUCAACUUCGGUCGACGUGUGCAUGUAUGAUGGAUUUGGACUGAACAGCGGCAUCACUGUGACGGGCGGUAAUGGCGUUUUGUUGAUUGAUGGCGAGGUAUUCAACUGGCGCCCAUGGGAGGCUAAGGGCUCAAUGAAUCUUGUCAACAAGAAGGGCCAGUUUGAGCUACCACCAAAGGCAUUUGCGCUAUUUGAUCUUCUAUGGCCUCGACCUGAUCUUCUCAUCAUUGGAGUCGGCCCAUCUAUUAUGCCAUUGGCACCCGAAACGAGACGACUUAUAUCGGAACUUGGUAUGCGAAUCGAAAUCCUAGACACGAGAAAUGCAGCAGCGCAGUUCAACUUGUUGGCCACAGAACGAGGUGUUUCGAACGUAGCAGCUGCUCUGAUACCCAUUGGAUGGAAGGACGGUGUUGGAGCGGAAUGAAAGCAGUUGAAUCGAGAGGCGCAUUUCGAAAGUGUAUUUAUAUUGUAAGAGUAUGAACGCGAGGGCAAGAUGCUGUAUAUUCGCUAUCAUAAACAGGGAAAUGGCGAGUCCUCAAACUGACUAUUUUGCCCAUGCAAAGCAAUCGGAAUGAGAUUCGGAAAGCUCUCUGUUUUCGAAUUCUAUAUUCAUUCUCUAUGUGCCGUGGUAUAUCUUUCUAACAGUGGAGGGCAGGGACUUACAUUGCCAAAGUUUGCGAUAUAGCUGAGAUUUAUGGAUACGGCCAGAGCACUUGCAUUCACUACACAUGACUGUUUACCUAUGUAUAGACGCAGCUACUGAAC